UGUAAGUGCAGUCUGAAAGGGACACAAACCUAGUUCUACUGGAGCGAACUAUAUGUUAUGCAGUUGUAUUGCCGAUUGCAGUUCCUCAAAAGGAAAAGAAACUUACGAUUGGCUCGAGAGAUUUAGAGCUCGAGAUAUUUGAGGUAAUGCCACACUGGAAAAAAAAAAGAUUUUGGAUCAAAUUAUGGUAGAAAAUUUCAAAAAAAUCGAGGAUUCGAGAAAUUCGAAUUCCGCUGUACAGAAAAAUCGCUUGAAUUAAGUUCUGAAUAAUUAUUUCAAAAGAUCAGGUUGUAAAUGUUUGCAACAUUUCGUGUCCCCUCUUUUGUAGAUGAUCAGCUACAACAUCAACCCUCAUAUUUUAGGCCAGCAACCCCUUGAUGAUAUCAACUCAAAAGUGCUUAGCGUGACCCUAAAGGAUGAAAACGGGAAGGUAAUCAAUAUCUCAAACCUGCACUCGGCCAUAUCAUUGACAAUUCCUUUGAAGAAUACUGAGAACAGAACAACACCAGUUGAGGAGUACUCAGUCCCUGAUGUUAUGUUGCAUCGAGUCUUUACCGAGAAUUGUGGAAAUAGUUUAGUCCAGCUGUCGUUCAAACUUGAAAGGUCUGCACCAUUUGAAGUGUACGUAAAGUACGGCGCAAGGCCAACAAAGGAAGAUUAUGAUUACUUUGCCACUAUAGAUGAAGAAACUUGCCACAAUGGGGAAGAGAUUUGCAAUGUCAGCACCCAAGUAUGGUUUGAUGCUGAACGCAUUGGAAAAUAUUUUAUUGGGCUAAUCCAAACGACGAAAUCAAGGGAACGAAGAUCUGCCUCGAAAAGCGAAUCUCUUAACGUCUUAGCACUGAAUGCCCCCAUAAAAUGGAGGUCAAGAUCCCUUUCCCAGUUAGAUAAUCAAGAUGAAAAGUUAUGCGUGAAGCUCAAGGAUCCCCCAACGCCACAACCGGUGGUCAACGUGACGGUUAAAAACGCUCCAUACGACCCAGAAACAUCCGUGAAUUUUACGUUGGAGGUCGACUCAACUGGAUGCCUGUUUUGGUCCGAGACUGAAGAGCAGUGGAUGAGUGAAGGAUGCAAAUGCUUCUCUUUUCAGCCUGGUACCAAUUCCACCCCGUCCACCGUGCAAUGUCUUUGUAAUCACCUAACAUCUUUUGGUGGUUACUUUCUGGUGACGCCCAACACAAUAGACUUCGAUCAGGUGCAACUAGGAUUUAAGAGCGUUAAUGACCCGGGGGAUGUCCCCGUUAUUGUGGCAGUGGCAGUUGUGUUUCUUAUUUAUUUCAUCGCUGUAAUCUUCGCACGGAGGGCCGACAAGCGAGAUCUUGAAAAGGUAGGUGUCAUUACGCCUUUACUAUCAUCAAAGGACUCCCUCUACCAAUACAAAGCAUCUAUCAGUACUGGAGCAUGGCGAAACUCGGGUACUUCUGCCAGAGUAUGCAUGAUUCUUUACGGAACUGACGCCUCUAGCGGUGUUAUUGAGUUUUCAUGUAACCGGGAUGAAAGCAGGAAGCUCUUUAGUCGAGGUAAUUCAGACAACUUUCUUUUCACUGUCGAUCAGCCAAUUGGGUCUCUAGUUAAGAUCCGGGUUGGUCAUGAUAAUUCCGGCGAAGACCCAUCCUGGUUUCUGAACGAGAUUUCUAUCACAGAUAUUCAGGCAAAUUCUAGAUGGAAAUUCCCCUGUUAUCGUUGGUUGGGCCUAGAACUAGAAGACGGGAGCACGACAUUGGAGCUCCACUCCUCAAGCGUCAAGAGAUCCUCUGACUUUAAAACCGAGUUCAGUAACGCGCGGACGUACGGUCUUGCAAACUACCAUCUGUGGUUCUCAAUAGCUACAAAAGAGGCAAGGGAUUUGUUUACUCGCGUCCAACGACUAACGUGCUGUUGCUUCUUUCUGCUAUGGAUAAUGAUUGUGUCUGCAAUUUUCUACUUCGAAAAUAGCGAUGAAACGCCAGCUAUUCACGUCGGGCCUCUCAAAGUGACAGCCAGAGAGCUUUCGGUUUCUGUUACCACUGCAUUGGUCGCCUUCCCGACUACUUUUUUCGUUGUAUUCUUAUUUCGCAAGAGUCAGCGUCUAGGAAUAACCAUUGACCGGGAUGCUUGCUAUGACGAUCAUGGCAGAAAACAGUUCCAGCUGCCUCAUUUUUGCAUCUAUGUCGCCUGGUUUGUUUGUAUUGUUGGUUCACUGCUAGCUUCGGUUUUUACGAUUCUUUAUUCUCUUCAAUGGGGAAGAGAGAAAUCGGAACGAUGGUUGUCUUCCAUCUUCUUGAGUACGACUGAGGAUAUAUUUGUUUCUCAGCCCUUGAAAAUCGUUGUUUUAGCAGUUAUUCUGGCUCUGAGAUGUAAAAGUAAAGGAAACCGUGCCGGCGACCUCGCGGAAAACGGGAAAAGGGUCCAAUCUGAUCAUCCUGAAACAAUGUUUGACAUCUCUAAGAAUGAUAUCGAGCAACAAAGGAAAUACAGAGUUCUUGAAAGGAAAACGAACAUAUUUGCAAGAGAUAUGCUAUUUGCUUGCUUCUUCCUUCUCCUUCUCAUGUUUGUCUGUUAUGGAGAUAAGAGUAAACAAAGACAUCACAUUGCUGAAACCACGCGAAACUCUUUUACAAAGUUUAAUAAGGUAAGAGAGAAGUCAAGAACACGUCACAGCUCUGGACAUGGCUUGACGACGUUUUCAUUCCCGUGGUGUAUGCUGUUACUCUACCAAAUUGAAAGCGAUCAAGCGUUUUCUUCUAUAGGUUAUUUGCCGCCAACUGACUUAUGUUUGAACUCACCGAUAAUUGUUGUAAGUUUUUUUUGUUUUGUUUUGUUUUUUAAAUUUUAUGCAGAUUCUUGUGAUGUGCCCGAUGUUUUUAAGAAUAUUAUUUCAUCUUGUUACGACUUUUACUGUCAAGAUAAAGAGGAUAAAUUGGGUUCAUGGAGCGCAUUAUCAAAUAAGACGUCCCUUAACUGGUUAAGUAUUUCGUGUCCCGAAAACUGGAUAUACAGUACUGAAGAUGAUACCGGUAUCCAUAAAAGCCGAGGCGUACAUUCUCUCUACAGUGGUGGUGGUUACGUGGCUAAUCUUGGAUACGACGAUUCUACGGCUCGUCGAAUUUUGAAAGAUCUGGUCAAUAAUGGAUGGAUAGAUCGUCAGACUAGAGCUAUCUUGGCCGAAUUUUCAAAGUUUAAUGUAGCCACUAAGCUGCUUGUGGAUGUAACUUUAUAUUUUGAGAUGCUCCCGUCUGGCCUUUUGGAAACUUCUAUGCGAAUCCCGGUGAUUCCGAUGGCGAAAUCAGAUUCAGCUUUUAAUGAAAUGUACAUGGCCAAUAUAUUGUUAUUUGCCUUCGUUCUUGGGUAUUACUUGGUAACCGAGGGCAUCAGACUUUACCGUCUGAAAUGUGCUUACUUCAAAUCGAUAUGGAACUGGCUUGAAAUGCUUCAGAUUGUUAGCGCAGUCCUGGUCUUGGCCAUUUCCAUUGAAAGGGAGAGACAGACAGUGCAAGUGCUGCAGAAACUUGUGGCAAACCCGUUCGUGUCUGUCAGCUUUCACGACGCAUUGCUCUGGUUGGAGAUCGAAAACUACGUAAUCUGCAUCGCAGUCACAAUUGUAACGCUACGUCUUCUAAGGCUACUCAAAUUCAACAGCCACAUCAUAGUGCUGUUCCAAGUGGUUCGGAAGUCCUUGAAACCCACCUUAAGCUAUGCAGUCGUGUUCUGCGUUAUCUUUACCGCAUACGGGCAUGCAGGAUUUCUCCUCUUUGGCAAGAAUGUUUACAUGUUUUCUACAAUACACCGAACUAUUGCCUCGCAAUUUCUCAUGUGUCUAGGAGACUCUGUGUUGCGUUCUAAACUGGAAAAUACCCGCAUUAUAUUUUUCAGGCUUUAUGUCCAAAGUCUCCUUUUCAUUACGAUGGCAAUUCUCAUUAACUUGUUUGUGGCAAUUUUAAAUGACGCACACUCAGACUCCACCAGUUCAGACGAAAAUAGUGAGGACAUGGAAGUGGCUAAUCUAUUGCUUUCCAAGUUUCUUAAAUUUAUUGGCAUACGUAAAGAGAAACAAGGAGACUCUUCUUCUGUAAACGAGGAAAACGAAACGUCCAAAGGAAACAUAAGGCAGGAAGCGUUAGAUUCAGUUACACAGCUAAGUGCUGACGAAAGUGAAGAGCUGAAAAUUUCAGUAAAAGUCGAUAUGGGUGUGAAAACUUCAGAAGUAAAUUGGCAAAACGAGACUUCAGAACCAUUCCAAAGCUCGUUGUCGCUAGAUGUAACAUCAAGUUUAGAUAGGUAUACAAGGCUAUCAGCUUCAAGACAUUCAUUUGACGAGAGAAGUGAGCCUCCAGGACUUAUUGACAGUUCGUUUUUAACAGAUAGGGAAGCAAAGCCAGCAAAAUCCAGGAAUUCAUUAGAUUCUAGCUCAUUCGACACACAGUGUGCUCCAAUUGUCAUCCGAGAUGAAAUGCCGGCUUUCUUAGACAGCGGUGAUGUCCGCAUGGUUCACUUUGGCAGCGGCGUGUACGCAAGACAUCUCAGCAUCACCUCAAGCAAUUUAUCCACCGCUUCACUCUCGUCUCCUCGCCUUUCAGACAUGCCAAGCAAGGAAACAGUAAACAGCGAGGAAACGACUGACAAUACAGAAACAUUGCCCCUCGCUGGAGAGUCAGAAGAGGUCGUUCCUGUUGGGCACGCCUGCCACACAACUCACGCGGAAAGCGAGAAACGGAAGGAGAGAAUAAUCAGUUUUGAUGAAGUUAGUGAGUGGCUGAAAAAGAUCAAUUUGUCGGCAAACAAUGUUCUUCAAACCACUGAUAGCCCUAAAGAAACGGGAGCAAUCUCAACAUCAAGUGGCCUUCAAGUAGGAAAACGAGCCUGCAUUGAUUUUGAUGUCAUAAGUAAAAUGAUAAAGAUAAAAAGAAAAGUAAAAAAGCGGAAAGAGCGUGCAAAGGAAUCUAACACAGCACAGCUGAAAAAUAGAACCAAAAGGAUCGACCGGCUCCUCUAUGUUUUGGAUUAGUUGUUGUUAGGUAGGAGGAAGCGAAAAGAAAAGUACUAAUUAUUGAGUUUUUGCACUACCAAAUGCACCGUAAACAGCGGAAAGCGGCACAGAGAUGAACCCCUACACGAAACAGUUCCAAGGCGCCCUGUCGCCUAAGCAGUAGAAUCCAGUGCUCUCUCGGCUGACCUUUACGUGCACAGCUCUUUUCUCUGUUGCUGUUGUUGUUGUUGUUGUUGUUGG